UAUGUAAGCACUUUCUGUGUUUUGUCCGUACGCCACCUUUUGACGUGAAUCCCCCGCCCAGUUUUAUAAAUGAGGCAUCUGGUCUGUAAACUGUUUCCUCCUGGAUACAGAGUGAGAGUGAAAUAAAUGUUCUGAUUGGUUCUAGUCUAGGUAAUGCAUGUUCAGCAGUAGUAUCUGUAAACGAGAGGAAGGACCAGCACUGGAGUUGUCAGUGCCUUGUUCUCGGCAGAGUUCUCCCACACGCUCACGAACGGAGAGAUGAACCUCUCUGUGGCUAUUGUCGUUCUUACUGCGGUCGUCUGCACUUCGGCAGAAAUUCCUCAUGAGACCGUCUAUGUGCAGGGCUGUCUUGAGAAGACAAAGGUGGAGGCGGAGGCAGAGCUUCAGGUGGAUGGGGAGGAAGUGGUAUAUGCUGACUUCCAGAGUGGACAGGAAGUUUGGACAUUGCCUGAGUUCCUGGGGCCAUUCCCAAGCUCCACUGUUCAUAACUUCUACAAGAAUGCCGUUAAAGGCAGACGAUUGUGUCAGGAUGCCUUGGCUCUUUGGAUAUUAGAAGAAAAGUUUCCACCUGAGGUAAAAGAUGCCCCUGAGAGCACCAUCUACCCCAGGGCUGAGGAGGUGCUGGGGUUGGAGAACACCCUUAUCUGCUUUGCCAAUCAUUUCUACCCCCCGCCUGUCAAAGUCAACUGGACCAAGAAUGGCCUAGAGGUGACUGAGGGAGCGUCUCUCAGUCGGUACUAUCCUAAUAAAGAUGGAACGUUCCACCAGUUUUCCAGCCUGAGUUUCACUCCACAGGAGGGGGAUGUCUAUGCCUGCACUGUAGAGCACACAGCCUUGGAGGACCCCAAAACCAGGUUCUGGGAGAUACAUGAGGUGAGUGGGUCCAGUGCUGGUCCUGCUGUAUUCUGUGGAGUGGGCCUGACUCUGGGACUGUUGGGAGUGGCUACCGGAACAUUCCUGUACGUCAAAGGACAACAGUUUAACUGAAUUGUGACAUAUAUGAAAUCUAAAAAAUCCUCUUUUGCAGUUGUAGGUAAACAAUGUGACAGAAUUAGUGGCGUACCGCAGUUUCAUAUUUUUUGUUGAGGGGGGAAACCGCUAACGUCGUACAAUUUUACACAUUUUGCCACUGGGCAAAGAAAAAUAGGCAGUUUUAUAACUAAUCUCAUGCUAAUUUGCCAUGAGGCUGAGAGAGAAUGUUGCUGUUUUAAAGCUAAUUUCCUGCAAUUCUACACAUAUUGCCAUGGGACAGAGAGAAAUGUGCAUUUUCUAAGCACAUUUCCUGCUAUUCUAUACAUUUUGCUCUGAGGCUGAGAGAAAAGGUUGAAGUUUAGCAGCUAAUUUCCUGUCAUUUUAAACAUUUUUGCCAUGGCUUAUGACAUGUUCAUAUGUUAUCUGGGGGGGGGG